GCUGUUUUAUAUACUCUCUCUCACUCAGCAUUCAUGCAUUUGCUCAGCACACAUUGGGAAACAGUACUGGAUGUUGUUUUAAACCAGAAGCCUGGUUAUGAAAACUCACUGUCAGUUAAUGUUAGGAAAAGACAGAUUGGCUCCAGUCCCACUGGAUGGACAACAAUAAAGCAACUGAAGAAAGUGGGGAAUAAAAAGGAGCAACUCAACUUACAGUGCAGUCAAAGAACAGCGGAUAAGCGUGCGCUUGAUGUGCUGCAGUGUGACGUGGAUGGAUGUGGGAUUUCUCCCCGUUCUGUGUGUUGAUGUGAUUGGUGCCCAGAGUUCACCGCUUCACAGGCUGCUGCUGCCCUGGAGCCAGAGCGCAGGAAUUCACUCUUACAGAGACUAGCGCACACACACGCACCGAGACACUUACUUACACACGUUUCACACACACAGACGCCACAUGGACAGAUACACACUCUGGCAGCACUUCAGAGCGAUAACUGCACUUGUGGGUAAAACAGAGUGUUGUAUUCACCUUUUUGACAGCUGCCACAUCCAUUCUGACCUUUUUUAACGACAUUUGCUACAAGUUUUCAGAAAAAGGACUUUUUUUCACCUCGUUGUCCUCAGGGCAGAAGGACACUUGUCUUUAGUUGUUGAGGUAACAGCACUGGGAGAUUUUAGGACUAGUUGCUCUUUGUAGCAUCAGCAUCCUCACCGUGGUAAAACUGUCUGCGGGGGCUCGCCGUCAGCAUGCAGGUGUCUUUUGUGUGCACGGACCACCGAGCCGUCAGCCGGAGCACAGAGGACAGACUAAACCGACAGAACACCAACAGCCCGAGUUUGGGGACCAAAAGCAAGUUUCGUGCCGUGGCAAUGGUGGCCCGUAGUUUGGGCCAACUGUCUGUGCAGAACAUGCCUUCCUCUGGUGACCACUGCUUGAGAACUGGCAUGAAAUAUAGGAACCUCGGAAAAUCUGGCUUACGGGUAUCAUGUCUAGGGCUGGGCACAUGGGUGACGUUUGGUGGUCAAAUAACAGAUGAGAUAGCUGAGCAGCUGAUGACGCUGGCGUACGAGAACGGUAUCAAUCUGUUUGACACAGCAGAGGUGUAUGCGGCAGGGAAGGCUGAAAUGGUUCUCGGCAGUAUCAUCAAGAAGAAAGGAUGGAGGCGUUCCAGUUUGGUUAUCACCACCAAGAUAUACUGGGGUGGAAAAGCAGAAACAGAGAGAGGCUUGUCCAGAAAGCACAUUAUAGAGGGUCUAAGGGCGUCACUGGAGAGACUUCAGUUAGAGUAUGUGGACGUAGUGUUUGCUAACAGACCCGAUUCCAACACGCCAAUGGAAGGAGAUCCAUUUAACACUUCAAAAUCAAGAACAUUCAUCAUAGAAGAGACGGUUCGAGCGAUGACCCAUGUGAUUAACCAGGGAAUGGCCAUGUACUGGGGCACGUCCCGCUGGAGCUCCAUGGAGAUUAUGGAGGCGUACUCAGUGGCACGACAGUUUAACCUGAUCCCACCUGUCUGUGAGCAGGCUGAGUAUCACAUGUUUCAGAGAGAGAAGGUGGAAGUACAGUUACCUGAACUCUUCCAUAAGAUAGGUGUUGGCGCCAUGACGUGGUCUCCGCUGGCCUGUGGGAUCAUCUCAGGGAAGUAUGACAGCGGUGUGCCUCCUUAUUCCAGAGCCUCUCUCAAGGGCUACCAAUGGUUGAAGGACAAGAUCCUGAGUGAGGAAGGCCGCCGUCAGCAGGCGAAGCUGAAAGAGUUGCAGGCCAUUGCGGAGCGGCUGGGCUGCACGCUGCCCCAGCUGGCCAUCGCGUGGUGUCUGAGGAAUGAGGGGGUAAGCUGUGUGCUGCUGGGGGCCUCCAGCACUGAUCAGCUGUUGGAGAACAUAGGAGCCAUUCAGGUUCUUCCAAAAUUAUCAUCAUCAAUUAUACACGAAGUGGACAGUAUCCUAGGCAACAAGCCCUACAGUAAAAAGGACUACCGCUCCUAAAAGGAAAGCCAGUGACAUUGUGUCGACCUGCUUCUUUCUCUGAGCUUUGACUGAAAAAACAUUGGCACAUGGGACCAGCACUGUCACAGGUCCUGCAGGAGACGCCAACUCGCACACUACAUGGAGUUUGCCGACAUUAGCCUGAGAGGAGGCCGAGAACCGCACGGGCAGAAGGGAAGCAUGCUCACGUACAAAUCAGCUAGGCCGGCUCAAUAAGCAGAACGCCGCUCCAACCACCAAGAAAACCAAGCGCACCGACUUGCUUCCUCCUCCCCUUCGUCCCCUUGUAGUAAACACUAAAAAGUGCAGUAUUAGGGAACCAGAAUUUGUACUUAGUCUAGAAAUGCAUGAGAUCCACUGGCCAUGGCACAUGCUUUUUUCCUAUAUUUUGGAAAACAUACAUUUGCAUAAGCUCACGGGAAGUAACGAAGCACUUUGGAGAAUGCAGAAAGUUACAUGACUGAACAAACUAAAUAAUGCAUUUAGUUUUAUAUCAAGAUCGAUAGCCAAUAUAGUGCUUGUUUACAAGACCUCAUUUAUACUACAAGCUAUAUCAUUGCUGGCUGUGUUUUAGUUCUAAACCAUUGUGGAGUUACAUGUAAUACUGUAUAAAGCUUUGGGUUGUGAGUCAGAAAUGUUAAAUAGAGAUCAAAUACAGGCCUCAACAAAUGUGCAAUAUCAGAAAGUGUUUCUAAACUCAUUGUUCUUGUUACUUUUAAAACCUUUUCUAAGAAGCAAAUGACCUAAUACAGUAGUUGAGUGGUGGUCACAGCUUCGUCGGGCUGAAACCAAAGAAAUUUCUGUGCUCUGCUGUCCGCUUCAAGCCCCACGUACAAGGUCGUUGAUCACGUGACCUAUUGUUUAUAAUGUUAUUUGGUAUUCGUCAUUUCUACUCAGUGUUUUACGCCUUAAUGUGGUGUAUUUAAAGUCAUUUUUGACUAUGUGGAAAUCUCUGUUACAAUUUAUUUAUUUCAAUGGAUGUUCAAUUAUCAGAAUCAUUUUGAGCGCACUGGAUUUAGUUUUCUGUCAGUCAGUAUUUAGAAAAAGAUUUUUGAAGGCAUUAAGGUGUUUUACUAUUUAUCAGUUUACCUUGUUUAAUUUUUGUUGUCCUCCUGUAUGUGUGGUGUGUGUCUUAACUCAAGUUUAUUUUAUUUUUAUCUUAUUUUUGUCUAAUGACGCCCUCUACUGACUGGAACUCCAUUUUAAUAACCCAAUUUUAGCCCACUACCUUACAUUUUACCUUACUCGAUUCGAUAAAUUAACUAUCGCUUUUGAUUAAUGAUAGUUUACGGUAAUAUCCUCAAGGCAGUGGAUCUUUUCUUCUUAGUGUACGUUAUUUCGCAUGUGUUUUCCAUGAAACAUUAUUCCAUAUGUCUAUAAAACUGGUAAAUCUGUCUUAGACAUUUUCAAACUAAUAAGCCAAUGAUUAGGACAGUGUUAAUUUGCUGUCUUAGAAUUACUAGAUUGCCUUAUUUAGUACUAAUGCUAAAUUAUUCAGUGCUGGCAACCAUUUAUUCAGCAUGUUUCAUCGGUACCAACAGAAUAGUGUAUGCAUUAUGGCAUUUUAAAAAAAUCAGUGAUGAAUGGUAAGCAUAAGCUGAUAGGGGUGACAGAGGCUUUAUGGAGUAGUUUAUGUUAUAAUAAUUGUUAAAGUUAAAAUAAAUGCCAAAAUAAAUUCAGAACAUCGAGGUAGUUAUAUAUUCUGACACUCAUUCCAAUAUGAAUGGACUUUUUACUCGACAUCAAGGAGUCGAAAUACAGCUGGCUGCAUGUACAUAAUGAAUUUUAAUAAUGGCUCAUUAUUUUAGUGUAGAACAAUGCUUAUGCUUGGCUGGGUAUGAAAGUGUUGACCUGUAGUUAGAAUGUAAUGCAGCUUCUAAGGGUUUUGAUUGUCGUCUGAGCUACAUCGAGUCUUAGGAGAGGAAAUUUGUCAAACAUACUGUUAAACAAGAAAGCAGAAAGAUUAUUAAUAUCCGUAAGGCUUUUUGAAGUAGCACUUUAACCAAAGACCACAUGCUUUGAUAGAAGUGAAAGGCUUUACUUCAGUUGCUCUUAGGUGAGGUUCAUUGUAAAUGUCCUUGUAUUUGUCAUUUGUAUGUUGAGUCAGGCAGCCUCUAUCAUAUGAGAUUGGUUUGCUUUCGUUCAGGAAGCCAUAAUAGGUUGUCAGUAAUUAGAUGAACCAGUUUAGUCAUGUGGGAGAUAAACACCAUUGAAUGAGAAAUUGUUGGUGUACAGUUGCUGGUUUUCCCCCUGCAAGGAUCGAGGUUGUUGUAAGAGUCCAAGUUGAAUACUUUGCUGUAAAAUUGUUUAAAAAAAUAGUCCAAUAUUGUCAACAGGUGUAACUGUAUGUACAGGAAAUCUGAUGUUUUGAAGCUGAUUUGAUAAGAAUAGACUGUUUUUUGGUAUAACCUAUAAUUCUGACAUUUGUUAACUGUAAUAUGACCAUUACUGUUAAAGAUAUGCAUUAAGUUAUGGUGAUUUCUGUAGAUACAUAAUGGAAUGGUUUGAUAACAUGUAUAUAAUCUAUAUAUAUAUAUAUACUGGUCUUAAGGACCGUUAUCACAUUUGCCUUCAUUUAUUUUUUCAUUGGCAAUUAUUGCUUAUGACAUUGUGCUUGAAGAAAAAAUAUGUACAGCUUCAAACUGAAAAUAAAUUAUUCUAAAAUUCUUUAA